AAAUCACCAGAAGUAAAAAUGAGUUUAGGAGCUGCUUGCAUUUUCCUGCGUGGAGGGAAACACAUUGAACGAUCACUGGCAGAAGAUGAAAUUGAUGAGCUGCGCGAUGCUUUCAAUGAGUUUGACAAAGACAAGGACGGCCUUAUCACUUGUAAGGACCUGGGCAACCUCAUGCGAACCAUGGGCUACAUGCCUACAGAGAUGGAACUGAUCGAGCUGGGCCAAAACAUAAAUAUGAACCUUGGUGGAAGAGUGGACUUUGAGGACUUUGUAGAUUUGAUGACCCCAAAGCUUCUGGCAGAAACAGCUGGCAUGAUCGGAAUGAAAGAGCUUAAAGAUGCAUUCAAAGAGUUUGACAUGGACGGAGAUGGCGAAAUUACAACAGAGGAGCUGCGGUCGGCAAUGUGCAAGUUAAUGGGUGAGCACAUGAGUCGGAAAGAGAUUGAUGCCAUAGUGAAGGAGGCAGAUGACAAUGGGGACGGCACAGUGGACUUUGAAGAGUUUGUUAGAAUGAUGAUGAUGCAGUGA